AUGAAUUAAGAUGAUCACAAUUCCAAUGAACACAAGGUUGAAAAGUAACUCCACUAUUAUGAUUAAGAAUGGCCUCAACAACCACCAUCCUUAUCUCCAAGAUUCACUCCUCAACAGUGUUAUCUCUUCCCUCCUCAAAAUAUGUCAAACUUCAAUCUUCAUGCUGAGCCUGAAUUUUAAGAUAAAAACAAACCCAAAUACCCAUUUCGAAAAUUGUCUGCAGGAGAUGCUCCAGAUGAGGAGGAUCAAUUCCGACAGCCCUACAAUCCCUACUAUCAAUAGGUCCCCCCUCAAAUGAAAUAUCCCCAAAAUAACCCUUUUAUGCAGAUGAAAUAUCCUGUGCCAUAUCCACCUCCAUGGUAUAGACAUCCCUAUCCGCCAUUCUAUUAUCCCCCUUUUGAUUCGUCAACUUCAGUCCAAAGUUAACCAACUUGUGCAAUUUUAAAAGGUCUCUCUCCUUUCAAUGCAAUUGCAAGAAAAGCAAAUGUCUAAAAUUAUACUGCGAAUGCUUCGCCAACAAUUGGGUCUGCUCACAGAGCUGCAAUUGCACCGAAUGCAAAAAUAGAAUCGACAAUCCCAAUGAAAGAUCAAAAGCCAUCGAAGAAGCCUUACUCAGAAAUCCAGAAGCCUUCUCUACGAUCCUCACCAAUAAUGGCUAACAAGCACAAAUCAUCCCAGAACCCAAAUCGCAGAAAGAAUAAAGCAAGGAAACCAAAAAAGGAUGCAAUUGUAAGAAAUCAGAAUGCAAAAAGAAAUAUUGUGAAUGCUAUAGUAUUAAUUAAAAAUGUACUGAUUUGUGCAAAUGCGAAAACUGUUUAAACAAAGAGGAACCACUAGAGAAACUACCUAAUCCAAAACCAGAUAAUCAUCCUCCAGCUCAGCAAUAGUUACAAAAACAGGAAGUUGUCUAAAAAAAAGAUUAGAAGUCUAAAAAAAUCAAAAAAGAAGAAGUUUAAAUUAAAAUCAAUACUAAAAAUCAAAAAAAGAAAAAAAAGAAUUGAUAAUCAUUUUUAUGUGUAUAUUAUAUAUCAUUGUAAAAAAUCAAAUAGAUUCCUCCAUAUCAAAUUGGCUGUAUUUCUUGGAAACAUCUACUUACGAGUCAUUUAUUCUGUUGAAUUUACUUUUUAAAUAUUUCAUAACUUUUUUCACCUGCUUAACAAUCGAACCUAACAUCAAUCCAUUACUAAUAAUACCUUUUUUAUAGUAUUCAUCAUUUUCUGGAAUUGGCUAUUAUGCUUAGCUCUAAUGAAGAAUUUUGAGACUAAUAAUCAAUUCCCCAAUCCUUUAAAUAACCUUCCUUGUGUACAAGUGAACGACAGAUCAAUGCCAAAAAUAUUAAAAGAAUUACAAACUUCGCAUUCUCAAUCCUAUAAACUUCCAAGAAAAGCAUAAAUACAUACAUCAUUAUCUUUUCCUCUCGAAUUUUACUCCUUUUCAUUGUUUUAUCCCAAUGUUUGA